AUUUGGAGGAUCCCGCCAUAACGUCAGAAGAAAGAAGAAAUCGAAACACGCAUGUUAAAACAUUUAGUUGAGAGUUUACAGAGCUUUUAACUAAAGAAAAUUAAGAGAUUAAUACAGUAUGGCAGCUGCACAUCCAGGCCAGUAUAGAGGACCAUGUAGACGAGGUAUAUUUGCACUGUCAAGUUGGAAAGUGCCACUGAAACGUCCAGAGAGUUUGAGGGAAGUAAAAGCAGAGGUGAGAGAUUGGAAACCCAGCCAGAAGCUAAUGAUGAAGUAUAAGUACGAUGGGAAUGCAGCUAGUCCUCUUGGCAAGGAGUUGAGUGUGAAACAAAAGGAUGUGGUCGAGUUUGUGAGACGACAUGAUGAACAUUGGAUCAAGGUCAGAAAUGAACAAGGGGAGGAAGGCUUUGUUCCAGAUAGUUACGUUACGGUCCAACUAGAUGCUGUGAGUAGUUUACCAUGGUUGGAUCAGAAGAACUUGGAGGAGAAAGUUAAACAGGAAUCAGCCGAGUACAAACCUUACAAGUCGGCAUAUGCACCAAAGGCAAGCGAAAAAGAGGAUAAUACAGAAGAUCUGAGCAAUUAUUACUGCAAAGUUUGUGAUAGACAAUUUAACGGACCAAUCCCCUUUAAUGCUCAUAAUAACAGUAAAGCACAUAAGGAAGAAGUGGAGAAUCAAGCUGAAUAUAAUUAAUGAAGUGUUUUUAAGCUAUAGCCAACUGGAACCCCCAAAAGUGACUAGCCUUUCGCUAGGAGUAUAGAGCAGGCGGGCUUAGGGUAGCUUAAUUUCUGUAUUUUGGUAUUGAAAUCCCUUUGAUAAACAUAGAAUGGACUGGUCCAAAUUCAAAGCUAGGGAAAUCCAUUACAUAAAUUCAGCAGGCUAGGAGUGUUGUCUUUCAGGGUUAAAGGUCAAGGGUCAAAGUGUAGAGUUUAGGGUUAAUAUUGUGUUAUAUUUGUAAGUUGUAGUUUGAUAUAACAGAAUUCUAAUUGUCAUGGAAUGAACAGGAACAAAUUUGAGCCGCGUCACGACAAAACCAACGUAAUGCGUAUGCGACCAGCAUGGAUCCAGACCAGCCUGCGCAUCCGCGCAGUCUUAUGCUGUUCGCUUACAAACCCUAUAACACGUAGAGAAACUGAUAGUGAACAGUAUGGAGCCUGAUCAGACUGCUCGGAUGCGCAGGCUGGUCCGGAUCCAUGCUGGUCGCAAACACAUUAUGUUGGUUUUGUCAUGACGCGGCUCAUGUGAAGUCCAACAACAACGAUUGUGUGCGUUUGAAAAUUUUGAUGUCAGAUUGUUUAGGGAAAGAUGACUAAGGAUUUGAUUUAUGAAGAAAAUUUUCAUGUAUAUGUUUGGGACCUUCAUUUGGUUAAAAUUCUUUAUAAUUCUCAAAAUGUGUGAGAUACAUACCUAGAAUUUAUAAGUUUUAUUGCAGAUUAAUUCAUAUUCUUGCCAAUAACUUUGAAAUAAAGGUCAGACUAUGUGUAUUAUAUGUAAAUAUAUUUCCUUACAUUGUUUUAUAUUUGAUCUCAUGGGAUGUUAUUUUUGUGAAGAAUUUAAUGUUAUCUGAAGGUUGUUUAUUGUUCCAUUUGUAAUGAUUUCUGGUUAAUAGUAAUAAAAUACGAAAGCAUGGUUAUAUAAAAAUAUAAUCUGUGACAUGUAGUAGAUUGAUGAUAAAACUAGAUUGAUAAUAUAAUCAUUGCAGCUUGGUUAUAAAAGUGCUACAGUUUGGAUAUAUAGUACUAUAAUACUGCAUGUUUGUAAUACUGCUUUUCAUUGGAUAAUUGCAGUUUGGUUAUACAGUAUUAUAGAACUGCAGAUUUGUAUCGUCGCUUUUCAUUGGAUAAUUGUUGACAUUUAUAUAAAUUGUAUACACAGCUGCUGUCAAUUUAUAAAAUGAUUUAUUUUUUCUUUGAUAAAGAAAUAUUUGUAUUAUUAUUUGUUUAUUAAUUCCUUUUAAACAUUCUUGACAGGUUGGUUGGCUGUAUUUUAUACAAAUGGUUUGCAAUAUAACCCUGGCCUUACUUCUCAGGUUAUAUAAUGCAAAUGAUAGUUUAUCUGAUUGAUAAUAAAGAUUUUUGACAGGUUAUAUGACCUAUCUAAACGGUUGUGUUAAUAUAUAACCAAAGCUGUAGGGAAUCAAUGCAGAUCCAUUUAAACUAUCAUAAUUAUUCUAUGCAAACAGACAAGAAAUUCAUUGAAAGGGCAUCAUAAAUGCAACAAUAAACGAUGAAAGAUAGUGACUGUGUUGUAUUAACUUUUGUUGUAGUAUUAUUGUAGUUUAAUGUUUUAUUCAUGUUGAAACUGUAGUUUGUUAUUGCACCGGAAGUGCCUGUUCGGACAAGUCAUUUACAUUUGAAUCAAUGAUGGGGAACAAAUUAUAUACUAAUUGGCCAUUUUUGAGGUAUUGCAAAAUUUUCCAACUAACCUUUAGUUUGUUGUUUCACCCCUGUGUUCAGUCAUGAAUAAAAAUCAUAAAUCAUGUAUAUACAUGUACAUUCAUAUAAGUUGUUUCUUGGCAAGUUUAUUCUUCAGAAUAUAUGUAUAUUGUAGUUCAUGCAAAAGGGGCGGGGCUGGGUGAGAUGGGGGGUAAAUAAAUUUUUUCCAUAUUUAUGCUUGAAGUCACAAUUGAUCAGUGUGAAGGGUGUUAGUAAGGCUCCCACGUUUACAAUUUUUUGUAAACGUUUACAUGAUUGCUAAGAACCGAAACGAUACCGUUUAAACGGUGGCACCUCUAUGUACUAUACACACCAUGUAUUUGAGUUGCCAAAUGAUGUCUUGAUUUCUAUUUUUAAUACAUGUACAAAAAAAGAAUGUGCAGGGCUCAUCACGAUUGAGUCAGCACACGUUGUAUCCCCAUUUUUUACCAAAAAUGUAUUAUGUCACGAGCAAUUUUGCACGGUAAUGCUGUGUGGAGGGUUGUAAACACCCAUUUUUAGUUUUUGACUUUGGAAUAAACCACAAGAAUUGAUAAAAUCCAUGAUUUCAGGCAAUUAAGAUAUUUUGUAAGACAAUAUGGUCAUUUCGAUUAAACGGUAAAAAAUAUCGUAAACGUUUAUGAAUGAAAAUCGAAACGAAUCCGUUUAAACGUGUAAUAGUGGGGGCCUUAGUUAACACCCUCCUCUCCCCCUUCGAGCAAUUAGUGCUGUAUUAAAGAUAUACUAUGCUCAUCUUUAAGUAAAAUAUUUUAAUGAAAGAAAUUUGUUAAAACCUAUGAAAUCCUUACUUAAUAUGUCUAAUUUGAAAUAACUAUGUAUUGGACGUCGUAUUCCCUUUUACAGGACAAGUAAAGUUGGUUUGUUCUUAAAAAACUGCUAGUUUUUUUAACGAUAUUAUAUAUUCAUAUUGUGACCACCAGUAGUGUGUAGAGUUUUAAACAUGAAAUAUCUAGUUUGUGUGAAAUCAAAAGAUGUUUAUUUUAUAUUUACAAAGAGACUGUGAGCAAUUACCAAUAUUUCCGGUUAUCAAAUUUGAGCAAAGUUUAUCUUUAAAUUGAUAAACAUAUUUUGAACUGGGUCCAACUAGAAAAUAUUUUUAUUACAAAUUGCAUUGCUGGAUAUAACUUAAUACUUGAAGCAAAAUAGUAUGGUUGUACAUAGUUUUGUUACAUUGUUGUUGACUAUUGAUAUUAAAUAUGAAAUAG